AUGGCGCCGUCGACGUGCCGCAGGGUGGCCGCGGUCUCCUGCUUGGUGCUCUGCGUCUCGCUGCUCCUGCCGCGGACCUUCUUGUCUCGGGGAGGCGGCGGCAGGCAGGAGCCCGGGGCCGCGCCGCUCGCAGCGCCCGCUCCUCCAGAGGGGAAACUCGGUCGCUUUCCACCAAGGAUGCAUUACCAGGCAACUCCCGACAGCCGCGCUGCCCCUCCUUUCCCAAGGUCUCACCUUGCUGAAGCAGUCGCCAAGGCCAAGGCUGGAGGAGGUGGUGGAAGUGCUGGUGGAGCUGGGAGAGGUCUUGUGGGGCAAAUCAUCCCUAUAUAUGGAUUUGGCAUCUUCUUGUACAUCUUGUAUAUCUUAUUUAAGCUGGCUUCCAAGGGAAAAACUACCCCUGGAGAACGGAAAUGCCUUCCUGCUGCACCUGGAAACAUGAAGAGGAAAAUCACUGACUAUGAGCUCACCCAACUUCAGGAAAAGCUGAGAGAGACUGAAGAAGCUAUGGAAAAGUUAAUCAACAGAGUAGGUCCUAACUGUGACAGAGCUCAAAAUGUUACAACAGACCAGGAAAAAAGGUUACUUCAGCAACUCCGAGAAAUUACUAGAGUUAUGAAGGAAGGCAAAUUCAUAGAUGGCAUCUCUCCUGAGAAAGAAGCUGAAGAAGCGCCUUACAUGGAGGACUGGGAAGGUUACCCAGAAGAGACGUAUCCCAUCUAUGAUAACUCAGAUCACUUUAAGCGCAAACAAGACACAAUCCUCGUAGAUUAUCCCGAUCUGAGCCAGCCCUCUGCAGAAGAACUGGCAGAAAGAAUGGAGGGCAUGGAAGACGAGGAGUACCUGUGCAAUGAAGCUCUGCUAUCUGAUCUCACCGUGGGAAGGGACAGUUAUGAUUCAAGGCAGAAGAAAGAUGAGGUAGCUGGCAUCAGUGAAGGGGAGAAGGACCUUCAACGCAGCCAAAACACUGAGCAGUGCUGUUACUGUUAUGAGGAGGAGGAUGAUCCUGCUGUAAUAGCAGAAUAUGCUGUGUUUCAUUCUGGGAGCAGCAGCGAAGCGGAAGAGGCAACCCCAGAGGACCUGUUCAUGGAGUUUGAAAAUGAAAACGCAGCAGUGAAAAAGCAAAAAGCCGGCGAUUCAGAUGAAACAGGCACGCUGAGAAAGCGCUACACAAAAGGACUUGAGUAAUAGUGACAAUAUGUGGAUGCCAUCUAAGUGGUGACAGUAAAGGUCAGAAACGUCAAUCUGUGUGGUUUUUGUCCCUAAAGAACAGUGCUUUAUUCUCCUUGUACUAACUUCAUUCCCACAGUAACAGUCACCUGGUCUACCUGAACUGGAAGCCAAUGCCUUCUUUCACGCAGUUCUCAGCUCAUUGAUGCUUUGCAGAUAGCAUUUUGUCAUUGCUUUUAGGGACUGAUACAUUGAAGCAGGUCAUUCCAUUCACGUAUUUGUGUUUUUAUUUCUGAACAAGCAGUUCUUUGUUUACUCUUGAACAAGAAAAAAAAAUAUCUUUUCUAAAAAAAAAAAAAAAAAAAAAAAAAAAAAAAAAGAUCAGUGUGUUUUCAGUUAUGAAUAUUAAUCGAACUUAGAUACAUUGAAGAGAUUCUUAGGAAGCAGGAGGAGAAUCCCAGCUUACCAGGACAUAUCUUGAGUUUGGGGAAAGAAUAGCAACAACAAAAAAGGCAUCUUUCACUACACGCUCGUGUCUGGUUUGUUGUGCAGUGGGUAUCUGCCAUUGAGGCAUCUCUUUUGCUUUUGUUUUCGUUGAUUGGUUUUCCAGGUUACAACUGCAGUCUGAUGUUUACAGUGCGUAUGUUAUCCAUAAUAAGUUAAUGAUGGUGGAAGAGAGAAAAGGAUAGCGAAAACAUAUUUGAUACUCUUUGUUACUGGAAGUGUUUAUCUUCUAAAAUAAUUUUGUAGACUUGAUUGUAUGUAUGUAUGUAUGUAUUUAUUUAUUUAUUUAUUUAUUUCUCUGGACCUUCAACACUCGUUCUCUCUUCGCCAUGGCGGUAGUUUGACCUCUGUCUCUGAGCAGCAGGACUUGUGUUCUCUUUGCUGGGAAUCCUGGCUGCACAACUACAGCAUGCAGGACCUGAUAUACAGUGUUUCUGUCUAAGCCAGACUCUCUGCAGGUGAGAAUACCAUAUCACAUUUGUCCUGCUUUAGUCACUGUCCUGAGCUGGAGCACAUCAGCUGGUAUUGGUCACUCACAGGGAAGGCCAUUUUCACUGUUCUUUCUGGUUCUUCUCUAGACAUAGUCAAGCUAUGCUGAUACAGCUGGAUGACUUGCUAAUCACAGCCUUUAUUUGUUGACUUUCCAGUGUUAAGAGACACAUGAAGGCUGCGAAGGACAUAGCAAUAACCCAACCUGUUGCCAUGAGAAAUAAGAAUGCUUAGGUUUGCUGCACCUUUUAGAGAUAGAUUUUACCUGUCUGUAUAAAUAAUGUGCUUAUGUUGUACUUGAGAUUCCAGCUGCUUAUAAUGGUAUGUGAAAUUUUAGAAGUUUGGUUUCAUUUAAAUUCAUGCAAAUCUGUGCGUUUAAUUGUGUGCAGUGUAUGGAAAUGUGGCACUAUGCAUGAAGUACAAGGUAGAGUUUUUAGCUAUGUACACUGAGAAGCUAAAAUGUAGCAAGUUGUUAUGCAUAAGGAACUCCAGGCUCCAGAGUGUGUUAGUUGUAAAUAUACUGCAGGCUGCAGUGAAACACUCUUGCUGCUGCCAGCUCUACUCAUUACAAUCUUCAGAAGUCACUGGUUGUGUGUGUUGCACUGGAUGGUUCAUACAUCUGUGGGACAGAUGUUCCCGGUGACCUUUUGGUGGUCUGUACUGAAUAGGCUGACCUGGCCUUAGAGACAGCACUGAGAAUGAAGGCACAAAAAUGUAGAUUGUAUCUUGUCACUUGUGAGCACUAUGUUAGCAAUGCCCCAAAUACUGCAGUGGUAAACCCAGUAGCCAGGCUGGUAACACGGCAACCUCUUGAAAAACAGAAAGGGAGAUACACCCCUAAUAGUAAAUAAAUUUACUAACAGCAUAUUUUGAUAUGAUGAAGGAGAAUAAGUGAUUGAUAGUAAACUAAGAACUAGAUCCACGUGGCUAAGGGAUAGCCAGCAUUUUAAGUGGCAUUGGCCUAGCAGUUCUGUUUUCUAAGCACAGCGGAGGAAGCAUAAGGUUCCUGCUGUCAGGCAAGACCUAGCAAAGUUGAGAGUUGUUUCAACUGGAAAGCAGAAAUGCCAAACUGAAGAUUUACCCCUAAAAAAAUGGUUUUUGGACUCAGAGGUUGCUAUGUCAGCUUGUAAAUCUCAGUAAGGAAUUUGUCAAGCACUGAAGGGCUGUCUCAGCCUUUUCUCAAUGGAAACUGGGGGCAGAGGCAGCUCACCACAGUAGUGGGGGGCACUUGUAAAUCCUAGCACUGUGAUCUGAAGCAAGGUCCUCAGCUGUCCCCCAGGGGUGGCCUACCAAGAGGCCAUAGGCGUCUCAGCAUGUCCUUUGAUGGCAGUUAAAUUCUUGUAUCAGCAGGAGAAAUACCAAGAGAUUGAUGAGUGUGACAAUACUGUGCUACCAGUUUAAGAGCAAAAAUUUAAUCCCUAAAUCAAGACUGAAUUUUGACCUUGGUCUCUUCCAACCUCCCAGUAAGAAAAAGUUCCCUCCUAGUGCAGAGAGCAGUUAGGACUGCUUGUGAUACCUGUGACACACAGCUAACAGCUUCAUAUUCCUUUGCAGUGCCAGUAGGAGAAAAUGAUACUAAUGCAGGGUGACAGUGUGGUGCCAAAGAGUCUAAACUGCUCUGGCUUGAGGUCUUGAUCUCCUUGGCAGCAUCCAGGGUACCAGGAAGUGCUCUUAGGACACAGCCUGUGAUACCUCAUGCAGCAGCUUAACAGCAGCCUGCAAACUAAUACUCUUCUUGUUCAUAUGACACUGCUUUUCUUUCCUUCAGCUUUCCUCCCUCUCUGAAACAGAAAUGUGCAUUUAUUUGUUUUAGAAAAUCACCUCAGAGGUUUGUCCAGCAUUCUUAAUUAUAAGUAGCUUGUUUUUAGUGAGGAAGAGUUGUAAUUAGAAGAAGAGCAUGUUAUAAAAUUGCAUUCUGCAAAGAACCUCUAUUAGACAAUAAAAUGAAAAUCAUAGGUCAGACCAUCGGCAAACUCUGGACUUGGGGAAAAAUGCAGCAGCUCUGGUCUCCCAAUGAAAGCAAUCGGGCUUAGUAAAAGUGUUUGCUCUUUUACUUCAAAUGUUUCUCAAAAAGAUGGGUAUAACUUUUAUUAAAUGAACAAGAUGUGUUCUUUACCUUAGAUAUUCUGAUAAAACUAUUGCCAACACAGAAGUGCUAGUUAUUCCUGGGUAUUUUUAAUGGUUACAGAUGAGAUCAGAAAAUAAGGCACGAAAUAUGAGUGUUGGUCCCAAAAUACAGUGAGAAGGAUUACUAACUAAUGUUUGUAGAACAGGCAGACGUAGGAAGUUCAUGAUCUGACUCACUGCACCAGAAAUUAGGGUUUUUAUGUUGGUUUCUUUUUAUCCAGCUAACUGAGAAUCUGAAAAUCAUGAUUAAUUUUGAGGUCACAUAACAAUCUAGUGCAAUAAUCAUAAAGUGUUUUUACCUGCAUAUCAAAACAUUGUUAGUGAUCAUUGUAAGUGAUAACUUACAUAUCACUAGCACUGGACAAGAUAACCAGUUAAGAGUAAUCUGUGUUUCAGUCUUUUUGUACAACCAGCAAUGCCAAUGGAAAUGUGAGUCGUGGUAAGUCAUGCAGCCUGAGUAUGCCAUGUACUGGGAAGGUUGUUCUAGCCAAGUGAUUUUAUUCAGCUUGGGAGCUUCACUUGUUUUAGGGAGGGGCAGAUUCCUAGAAAACAAACAGGCAGCUGACAUGAGGCUCACUUUUCUCAGUUGUCUUUCCAGGACGCAUUAAGUACAGCCCAGCCCCUCCUCUCUGCUGCUACCUGCUGUUGCUUGAUGCAGAGAUCACUCAAAUGUACAUUAUUCCCAACAGAAGAAAUUGUGACUCUCCCGUUAAUGAAAGCUUCUAAGAUUCUAAAAUUGCUCAUUUCUAAAAUGAUCUGUGCUGAGGGCCUCUAGAGCUGUAGUUGGGAACUUCUGCCUCCAGUUUGAAUUUGCUGUGUCCAGUGGAAAGAUGGGGGACGUGUCUUUUCUCUUUUCCCACAGUCACUUGAAGCCUGGGGGGUCACUGGGAUUGUGCAAUGGAUUAUUCCUGCCUAAGCUGUUCUUUGCUCUUGUCUUUAAAAAAUCUCUAGCCCUGGCUUCUCGGACCGCUUUUCAGACUAAUAUUUAUGUAUGCCAAAAAUGUAGUCCUUAACAGAUAGUGGGACUGGUAACAGUAUUGAGGUAGCAGGACUUGAAGGUGUAACUCCAGCAGUAGGGACCUAAGACAGCAAAUACAGGGCCUCUGCUUGGCCAUUGUUCACUAAGGAUCUCAUGGUCCUCUUCAUUUUCCUGCGGUGUGUCCAGAUUGCAAGGCGUUGAGCGUGCAGUUCAGCAAAAGCUGGUGGGAUGGAAAGGUUACAGAGCUGGUGAUGUUGGGACCAUAAGGAGUUCAAAUUCCUAAUCUAGAAAACCUCUGUAUUCCAUGUAGGUAAUUUGUUAAGGCAUUUCUGAUCUUAGGUAUGAUAAGACAUAGUUGUUUCCAACAAAUGAAGUUUAAUAUUUCUAUACAAUGUUCUGUAUUAACAGUGACACCUCUGUGACAUAAAUAAUGUAAAUGAUGUAAAAAAGAAAUCAGUCGUAUAUAAAGAUAUACAUGCAGUAAAUAAACACUUUACUCCAGAA